CAGAGGAGGAGAGUGAACAUCGUUUUUCCUUUUGCUUUUGAGACCGAUGCGGACACUCGGGAUCCGUUUGGAGAUGCGGAGAAUAAUUUGCCACAGAUUCCUCUGCAUAGUGGAGGAACUAUCACAGACCACGUGAGAGGAAUAUUUAAUGACGGUCCCCCGACAGCCCGGUUCAUCUCUUGCUGGCUCUCCUCUGCUGCUGACAUGGACUCUUGGACACUGUAUUUUCUCAGCUUCCCACAAACGGACGCGGAGGGAGGGCGAGACUCAGUCUGAAUGUAACCUUUGAUCUUCUUGCUCUUCUUUUUCUGUUUGAUUUUUUUUCUUUUCUUCUUCUUUUUCUUCUUCUCUCCUCCACAAGUCAAACAGUUUUUGGUUUCUUCGGGGUUGGGGGGUGGUAUGGCUUGGCCGUGCAUCAGCAGAGUGUGCUGCCUGGCUCGCUUCUGGAACCAGUUCGACAAAUCGGACCUCUCCGUCCCGCUCACCAUCCAGAACUACUCGGACAUUGCCGAGCAGGAGGUGCGGUCCGUCACCAAACAGGUCUCCGCCUCGGAGCGCGCACCCGGGAAUAACUACUCGACCCCCGACCCGCGUGCCGCCGGCUCCCCUUCGAUACCCGCAGACGGCCAGGGGACCCGAGGAUCUUUCAGGGCACGGAAGGAGCCCAGUUACAAGCCCCGGGAGGACUACCACCCGCCCGGAGUGCCUUUCCCCAGCGUUACUCAGUACAAGCAGGAUUUCAAACCCUGGCCCAUUCCCAGGAAGGAGAAUUUCCCUUGGAUUAGUAAUGGGGGCAGCAGGGCGGACAGUGUGUCGGACAGCCCGGUGAACACUUACCACGGCCAGGCUCAGCCCGGGGAGAGAGAGGAGCGGGGAAGGGGGCACAGGUGGGGGGAGCAGGAGGGGAUGGAGGAGAGAAAAACCAGCUCCUACAGGCAAGAGUACAGGCCGUGGACGGGGGCGAGACCGGCCAAAAGUGCUAGGAGAAACCCUCCAGCUCAAUACUCCAGCCCAGGGACAGAGGCCACCCACGUCCCACGUGAGACCAGCUACCAGGCUGCCUAUAAUGGGGAGGGCCAAAGAUCUAUAGGGCUGCAUCAGGGAGAGCACAUCAUCCCGACUGCCAGCACCAAUAUACAACCUGCUGCUGUACCCCAACCAACACCCACUGCCCUGCCGGGCGGCAGUUCACAGAGCCCCUCCGGCCCCCAGCAGAGCAUCCUGCCCGAGAGGGCCGAGUUCAGUGGAAUGACCAAGGGAGAGGUAAGCACAGGUGGCAAUGUUGUUCACCAGUGUCCGGCAUUCAGCUGGAGGAGCCAUGUAAUGUACAUUACUGAACCAGCUGCAGGUUCAAAGAGUUCAUUGGAAGAGCUACAGGUUUAAAUUGCAGCAUGCUCCCCCUGAAAGUCAACUUCACUCAUCUCCCUGGUGGCAUGUUGCUGUUGGAGCGUCUCAGGAAAGUGAUACAGCAUUCUGUCCCUAAGCAGCUCAAAGUGACCCAGCUGUUUAAAGCAGGCCAUGUACUGUGUUAGGUAACACUCUGCUGGUGCUACACUCAUUACUUUGACCUGAAUAGAGCUGGUGCUUGAUGAGAACGAAAAAGUAAAUGGGUAAUUUUUCCAACUGUGGUCCAUUUUGGGCCGAAAAUAAAACAAACCUGUGGACAAAUAUAUUGAUGUCUUUCUAAGAAUAAUUUCUUAUCAUGGCUACACUGAAAUACUUCAA